AUGCAGGGCGUCGCCAUCCUGGCUGGAAGGUGAGUUUCAGAUCCUGGAGUGUGAUCGAGGGUCUUUGUGAUGCUGACCACCUCUGACUGACUGGUUGUACGUGCUGCCUGCCGAUCCUCAGCCGUCGGGUGCUGUCGACUCAAUUCACCACCUCACCGCUUCGAGCCGCUCUCGCGAUCGAUGCCGCUCUAGCCAGCACCGAUUCGGUCGUUUGGGUGCCCAAUCUCAACUCCGGUGUAUCCUUGAGGCGCUCGGGGAGCACACGCGGCGACGAGGCCGAGUCCGACGAUGACGACGAUCAGGUCGAGGAUAGUGCUGAGGACGAGGAAGGCAUCGAGGUGCAGCCCUGGGCGAGUACGUCCAAGCGACAGGCCACGAUGGGUGGAUCGGCCGUCUGCCAGAUCGAGAGGAACGGUCUAAGAUACAUCGCUCCGAUAUCGAGGGAAGGUGAGCCCACUUCAGGGAUUUCGCGCCCGUGCAUGAAUCUUCGCUCAGUCUCGCUUCACCCUGGAAUCUCUCAGUCGACCCCAUCAUUCCACUGCACUUCCUUCACCAACUCCACGAGGUCUUGGAGAACUACAUCGGCGGUGCGGUGACAGAGGCCAGCCUCAAAGUGAGUCGAAUGUCGCCGAGCCAGGCAAGUGCCGAGCUCAUCACUCUCCUUCCCCACCCAGGAUCACUUCAACAUCGUCUUGGCUCUGCUCGAAGAGAUGCUCACUGCAGAACGCCCUCAGUUGACCGAGGCUGCCCAGCUGCGCGAACUCGUCGUCCCACCCUCGCAACUGCUCGCCAAGGUCGCUUCGACCGCAGCCAAUGUCGCCGGCUUGACCGUGGCAACACAAUCUUCCGCCAACGCGUUGCUCGCUUCACCGCUUCCUUGGCGGAGAAAUGGGAUCAAGUACUCUUCAAAUGAGAUAUGUGCGUAAUUCAGGUCUGACGGCGCCCCAACCGGGUGUCGCGAUGGCACGAUUGAAUUUGGUUUUGUCCCAUGCGCAGAUUUUGACGUGACCGAGGCGGUCGACUUUGUGCUCGACAAAUCGGGCAAGAUCGUUUCCGGUGGCAUCACGGGGAAUGUCGCAUGUCGUUCCCGACUAUCGGGCAUGCCCGACUUGGUGCUAUCGUUCACAGACCCGAGUCAGAUCGAAGACGCUGCUUUCCACCCGAGCGUUCGGUACGGUCGGUGGACAAAAGACAAGGUCGUCUCGUUCGUACCUCGUAAGCAGUCAUAACUAUUUCUUGGGAUCGUGACGUGUUGUACUGAGGCUAUCAAUUCUGCUUUCCGCCAUCGUAGCCGACGGCGCCAUUUCGCUCAUGACUUUCCGGGUCGGUUCACCUGUCUCCAAAUCGAGCCUCACCUCCUCAGCAGCAUCAUCCCUAGCCAUCCUCCCCAUCCAAAUCGCUUCUUCGGUGACCCAUGGAUCUCAAGGAGGCGCGUUUACGAUCUCCUUGACCUCACGUGCAGCGGCGAAUCGGCCACUCACGCGCCUGGUCGUUCGACUCCCUCUGGGCAAGGGAGCGAAUGGGGUGACGGCCAACGCCACCGGCGGACCCUUCCAUCGUGACUCGAAUGGGAAUAUUGAAGGUGGUGGAGCGGGGCGAUGGGAUGUGGUUACCUUGCCGAACGGAGAGGGUUCGGUAUUGGUGUGGACCGUCGAUGAAUUGGCGGCGACGGAUCGGGCGGCGGUCUUGCAGGGGCAAUAUAUGAGGUGAGUUCUCGCCACUUGUUCGCUAUCGAUCCAAAUCAAGUACAUUUUGCUCACACGACUCUGUCAUUCUUGCUUGUGCAGCCCGAGUGAAACAAGAGGGACCUCGGCGUUCACAGUGGAGUUCACCUCCGCCGAGGCUGGUUUUUCGGGGCUGCGUAUCGCUGGACUCAAAGUCACAGGGGAGACGUACAGCGUCUACAAGGGGGUCAAGAUUGGAGGAAGAGGCAAGAUUGAAGUGAGGUGUGUCUGA